AUGUCUCGCUUUUCGGUUCUCGCUGGCUCCGUCGCCUUUCUUGUCAUCUCUGGCGUCAAUGCUGGACCAUGCCGUCCUUCAUCAUCUGUUAUUUCUUCAGGUCUUGAGACCGCUACAACCUCAAUCGAGGUUGCCGAGCCGACUACCACUCUUCUAUCAACCUUGACUACUGAGACUGAAGUCUCCGAAACCCUUUCUGUUACAAUUGCAAGUACUGAAGGCGUCACCACUACUGAGGCUUCCGACACUGCUCAUGAUACCACCACCACUGAAGCUGCUACUACUGAGAUGGCUACCACUACCGAAGCGGCAACCACCGCCGAAACUACAACUGCCCUUGCCACAACCAGCGCAGCCCCAGCCCCAGUCCCAGUCCGAAACCACGAGUGCAAGGACCUUGUCAGUCCAUACAUGGCACCCAACGGCGCUUCUUACAACUUUGAUUGCAACACCAGUCCAUCCUCCUACUUCCCCGUCGAUUUUUACGAUGUCACCAGUUUCGAACAAUGCUUGUUUCAGUGUUCACUGAGCUCGGAUUGCAGGGGUGUAGUUUGGGAACAAGCAAGCUUCUUCUGCGGUUCUUUUAGUUCAGCUGACGGUAGUGAGAGCUUCCUAGGUGUCGACGUUGCAUAUAAGAUUGAGGUUUAG